AUGAUUGAGUUUCUUGACCAAUUGAAAAGAGUCGGUUUUGACUAUGCUACUUAUUCCGGAAUUAGUAUUUCGCCUUUUGAAUUAGGAGAAAUUAUUGUCAAAGAAAAAACCUUAAAAGAAGCCGAAAAAAAAGUUACUGAAAUAGAUAAACAUUUUGUUCAAGGUUUCUACAAUGAAGCCGAAAAAAAACAAAAAAAAAUUGCAGUUUGGGAAGAUUGCAAAGAAAACCUGCAAAAUCAGUUAGUAGCUAAUUUAGAAAAAAAACAUACUACUUCUUUUUAUCACAUUUGGGAUUCUGGGGCCAGGGCUAGUGGUGAAAGUCUCACCCAAAUUUUCGCUAUGCGUGGUAACACUACUAAUUAUUUAGGAGAAGUUAUUGAAACGCCAAUUACUUCUUCCUUAUGGGAGGGACUAUCACCCUUCGAGUUUUUUAUUUCGGUUUAUGGAGCUGUUAAAGGAAUGAUUGACAUUGCUUUGAAGACAGCUGAAGCUGGUUAUCUAACACGACGCUUAGUGGAAGCAAGCCAAAGUCUUUCCAUUAUUUCUCUUGACUGUGGAACUGAUAGUAACAUAUUAGCUGAAGAAAAUGAUACGCCGCUUGCCAAAAGAAUAUAUGGUCGUUAUUUAGCUCAAGAUAUUUCUAAUAAAAAAGAAGGAAUAAUUUUAACUCGUGGUACUCUUUUGUUAGAAAAAGAAGCAAAAAUUAUUCGGAAGAAUAAGAUCAGUGCGGUGCGAGUUUUUUCACCACUCACUUGUCAAUUGGUAGAAGGUAUUUGCCAGAAAUGUUAUGGUUUGGAUUUAAGUAAACCUGGCGAGGCAAUUGCCUUGGGAACAGCUGUGGGAAUAAUUGCUGCUCAAUCGCUGGGAGAACCAGGAACUCAAUUGACUAUGCGAACCUUCCAUAGUGGGGGGAUAAUUGGUGAUGAAGAUAUUACCCAGGGUUUACCAAAAGUCAAGCAAAUAUUCGAUAAUGUCAAGCCUGACAAACAAGAAAAGUCGAUUUUGGCGAAAAUCUCGGGAGAAAUAAUAAGCGUAGAAGAAAAAAUAAUCAGGCAGAAGGACGACAAUGGUCAAGAAAUUAUUUAUCCCCUCGGUAAGAAAAAGAAAGUUAGGUUUAACCAAGGAGACAUAGUAAAAAAAGGCGAAAGGAUUACCAGUGGAAAAAUAGAUCUAGAAGAAUAUUUAGAAAUUAUGGGACGAGAUAUCUGUCAAAAUUAUAUUAAAGAGGAGGUACGAAAAGUAUAUGAUAAUCAGGGAAUAGAUAUUGAUGAAAAGCAUAUUGAAAUAUUUGCUCGACAAAUGCUCUCCAAAGUAGAAAUAAUGAGUGGCGGUGAUAGUGAGUACUUGGCCGGUGAUAUGGUAAAUUACCAGCAAUUAGAAAAGGUUAACCAAGUACUAGUAGUUAACAAAAAAAAACCUGCUUCCUUUAAAAAUGUAAUUUCCAGUCUCAAAGACUUAGCUUCUUAUCCCGAUUCUUUCUUGGCCGGCAUUUCUUUCCAAAAUACCUUAAAAAGUUUAGUCAACUAUUCACUUUAUCAGCCAGUUGAUUACUUGCGGGGAAGCAAAGAAAAUUUAAUUGCUGGUCAGUUGAUACCAGUCGGUAGUGGAUUUAAAGAACGAGAAAGAUUUUUGAAAAACAAAUAA